CUUUCACUCCGUAAUCAUUACGUUAUCAUAUUUUAACUUCAUAUUUCUCGUCGGCGAUUUGACGGAAUCUUCGUUUCUUCGCCGCCGUUACUUGCCGGAAUCUGGCCCACGAAUCUACUGUUUUUUCUAUAUCAAUCUGCCCUAAACUUACCCUUUUUUGGGUCUCUUUUUUCUUUGUAUAACUAAGCUUUCUUUGUAUGUUUGGUAGUAUUAUACUCUAUAGACGUACCCCCAUUGGUUUUCUUGAUUUUCUUGAGAUCUGAAGCGAAGUUGAUGAUCUAUGAAGCUUUUGGCGAUAAGGGUCUUCUUAAUUUCUUGGUGGGAUUUGAAUCUCUACAUGUAGAUAUGGUUUUGUUGAGAAUUGGCCUUCAGUUGUUAAGCAUUAUGGAUUUUCUGUAAAUUUCCUUGGAGAAUUGGGUUUGAAAUUUGAAUUUUGAGAUGGAACCAACCAAAGAAGAGGCCCUUAGAGCUAAAGAAAAUGCCGAGAAGCUAUUUGCGGUGAAAAACUUUGCUGGGGCAAAGGAUUAUGCUUUAAAGGCUCAAAAGUUGUGCCCUGAACUGGAGGGUAUAUCUCAAAUGGUAGCCACAUUUGAAAUUUAUACUGCUUCUGAGGUGAAAAUUAAUGGAGAAAUAGAUUUCUAUUCUAUUCUUGGAUUGAAGCCAUCUGCAGACAAAGCUAUGUUGAAGAAACAGUACAGAAAGAUGGCCGUUUUGCUCCACCCUGAUAAGAACAAAACUGUGGGAGCUGAUGGGGCAUUCAAGCUUGUCUCUGAUGCAUGGACUUUGUUGUCUGAUUCUAACAAAAGAAGCACGUACGAUCUCAAAAGAAACAUGAAUUUGUCAUCAGGUGUUUUCCAGACAAACUUAUCUUCAGUUCAAAGUGCUGGGGUUACUGGAUUAGACAAUUUUUCCAUAUCUUCAGCCUCUCGCAAUAAACUUGACACUUUUUGGACUGUGUGCACCUCUUGUCAUGUGCAGUAUGAAUAUCUUCGGAAGUACAUCAAUAAAAGACUUUCCUGUAAGAACUGCCGUGGUGUUUUCAUUGCCGUUGAUACAGGAGCAGCCCCAAUAAAUGGCUCUUUCCCGUAUUGUGCUUGGUCAAAUGUGCCUGAUGAUCAGUAUAGAAGUCAUGGAUAUGGAGUUACAUAUGUCCCAACUACUUCUGUAUACUUCACGGGAAAUGGAGUCUCAGGACUUCAUUCUGGACAUGGAUCUGAGUAUGCUUCUAAUGCAUCACUUCAUUGGAGCUCGUUUCCCGGAGCCCCUACUGGAGUUUUGGAUCCUAAUGGAUUAUCAACGUCUGCUGAUCUUAUUCAUUUGACAAAUGGAAAAGUCCAAUCAAGAAAAGCCAAUGGAAAACAUCAUAUGAAAAAUGCUGGUGGUGAUGUGUGUUCCAUUGGGUAUAGUGUGUAUCAUGAACCACCGGUCCUCAAGGCCAGUAGAUCCACUAAGAAAAGGAAGGUUGAGCUGGGAAGCACUUGUCGUCAUGGAAAUGAAGAAACCGCUUCCAGAACUGCCCCAGAAGUGGGAGUGGUUAAUGGAAAUGGAAUUAUCAAACAGAGUAGUCAGCUUUCCACUGGUGAAAUUUUGGCCAGACGCUGCUCUGCUGCCACUGCAUUUGAUGCUAGAAAAUUAUUAAUUGACAAGGCGAGAACAGAAAUUCGUAAGAAACUGGAAGAAAUGAAGUUGGCUUCAGCUGCAGCAGCUGCUGCCGCUGCAGUGGCUGAGAAUAACAAAAAAGCACAUAUUGAAGUCACUCAAUCCAGUGAGGCACCUAAAAGAGCAGGUUUGAGUGAUCCUAGUCUUCAACCAGAGCUGCAGAAAACUGGGUCGGUGUCAAUAGUAGUCCCUGACUCAGACUUCCAUGAUUUUGACAAGGAUAGAUCAGAGGAAUGCUUCAAGCCUAGGCAAAUAUGGGCUCUCUAUGAUGAAGAAGAUGGUAUGCCUCGCUUGUAUUGUCUGAUCCGUGAGGUCAUCUCGGCAAAACCAUUUAAAAUUCAUAUCAGUUACUUGAACUCAAAAACUGAUGGUGAAUUUGGGCCCGUCAAUUGGGUGGAUUCAAGGUUUACGAAAGGUUGUGGAAAUUUCAGGGCAUACAACUCCGAAAUUGUUGACCAAGUUAAUAUCUUCUCUCAUCUUUUGAGUCGGGAGAAAGCUGGCAGGGGUGGCUGUAUUAGAAUCUACCCAAAAAGUGGGGACAUAUGGGCUGUAUAUCGGAAUUGGUCACCAGAUUGGAACAGAAAAACCCCGCAUGAAGUUAGACACCAGUAUGAGAUGGUGGAAGUUCUUGAUGAUUAUUCUGAAGAGCUUGGUGUAUGUGUUACUCCUUUGAUUAAAUUAGAUGGAUACAAGACAGUGUAUCAGCGUAACACGAAUAAAGAUGCCAUUCGUUGGAUUCCAAGAAGAGAGAUGUUACGGUUUUCACACCAGGUGCCAUCUUGCUAUCUGAGAGGAGAAGCCAUGAAGCUGCCUGGGGGUUGUUGGGAUCUAGACCCUGCUGCAACUCCAGACGAGCUUCUCCAGGCUGUAACUGAAGUACAGGCCAAAGAAAAGCCUAGUGAUGCAGAAAACACUGUUGGAACUCCAGGUGAGCUUUGUCAGUCUGGAACCAAAGCAGAGGCUCAAGAAAAUCCUAGUUAAACAGAAAAGUCGGUUGCAACAACAGAUUUGCAUCUUCAGGAUAUAACUGAAGGAAAGCCUGGUCAAUCAAAAACUAUUCUGGACCUCGAGAUGAGCUUCACAAGGCUGAAACCAAGACACAAGGUGAAGAAAAGUGUGGUCAAACAUAGAAUACCACUGCAACUCCAGAUGAUUGUUUUCCGACUGUAACAGAAGUACAGGGCGAAGAAAUGCCUAGCCAAGGAGAAAAGUAAGUCCAGAGGGUCCUCUUUAUCAUUGUUCUGACAAUCUCAAGAUUCAAAAUGUACAGAUCUGAACACAUAAUGACAUUUCAUUUCUCAAAACUUAGGUAGCUGAGAGGAUCACAAGAUGAUCCAUUCCAUCAAUCCUAGAUUGUUUUAGCCAGCCCUAUGCUUACUGAGUAAUUUGUGACUCGAAUUCAAAUCUAUCAACUGCUUGUUUACAGAAAUGGUUCUGCUGUUUUAGAUGGAUAUAAAACUUCU